CCGGCAUCUGCCUUAAUGUUAUGAUGUGACGUGGAGAACAGUCAUCUCGCUUGUUUGAUAAUCCUGCUGGAGUAAAAUAAGUUAAAAUCAUGGUAGCGAAUAUUCAGGGCCAUUAUUCAGGACAAUUCCUACAGAAAAUUGCAUUAGGAAUAAUUUUAUGUGGUAUUAUGCUAUCACUUCCAUCUUUAUGUUUGGGUCAUAACGAUAACCCAAGCUUCAAGUACUCACGAGAGGCAAAUGAAAAUUUUGAUCCCAAAAGGCAACCUAAACCAGUGCACGACCACGACGAUCAUCAUCAUCAUCAUCCACAUGAACAUGACCAUCAUCACCAUCCUCAUCCACAUAAACAUGACGAUCACGUACAUGGCCAUAACCACGAAGAGCAUCACCACUUCGCCCAUACACACGAUCAUCAACAGCGGAAAGCUAAAAUUCCUCAAGAUAUGACAAGUGUUUGGUUACAUUCCAUUGGGUCUACCUUGCUCAUUAGUGCCGCUCCAUUUAUUUUGUUGUAUACAAUUCGAUUAGACAAUAGUGAAGCUAUGAGGCCUCGUCUUAAAGUUAUUUUGGCGUUUGCAUCUGGUGGAUUAUUAGGGGAUGCCUUUCUACAUUUAAUCCCACAUUCAACUCAUUCGCAUACCCAUGGCGAUGACAGUCACUCCCAUGCACACAGUCAUGAUCACGGACAUGGACAUGAUAUGAGCGUUGGUCUAUGGGUACUGGGAGGUAUUAUAGCUUUCCUUGCCGUUGAGAAGUUGGUACGGUUAUUGAAAGGAGAUGAACAUGGGCACAGUCAUAGUCAUUCAUCAAUAAAAGUGUCAAAAACCGUGCCAUCAAAGAAAGCUGACGAAAAGGCGAAGGAUCAAAAGCCAGAAGUUCGUAAAGUAAAACCUGUGUCAAAUAAAAAUGACGUUGAGUCAAAUGAAGUAAAAAUAACAGGAUACCUGAAUUUAGCCGCUGAUUUUGCCCAUAAUUUUACUGAUGGUUUGGCGAUUGGCGCUUCCUACUUGGCUGGAAAUAGUAUUGGCAUUGUGACAACAAUUACAAUAUUACUACACGAAGUCCCCCACGAAAUCGGUGAUUUUGCAAUUCUAAUAAAAUCCGGCUGCUCAAAACGUCAGGCAAUGAUGCUACAAUUAGUAACUGCACUUGGCGCUGUGGCUGGCACUGCACUUGCGUUACUGGGUGCUAGCGGCGAAGAUGGUUCUACUGCAUGGGUCUUACCAUUCACAGCAGGCGGUUUUAUCUACAUUGCCACUGUCAGUGUGCUACCAGAAUUAUUGGAAGAAUCUACUAAAUUGGGUCAAUCUAUUAAAGAGAUUGUAGCCAUGCUUAUAGGCGUGGGUUUGAUGAUUUUUAUUGCUAAAUUAGAAUAAAGAUUAUUUGUGUAUAGUGAAUGCGAUUAUUUAUCCACUUAAAUUGGUUCGAGAAAACCAUUUACUUGUUAAGCAUAAAUUAAAGAAAAAUGUCUUUGAAAUACAUAUAAUCCUUAUAAAUAAAGCCUUUGUACGUAAAAAUUUAA